UGCCGCAUCAUCGCCGUCGCCCGCUAGCUUGUAGCGUUAGCAUCCUCGCCGGACUGUCCCGCCCCAUCUGGCCGUCCUUUCCUGUCCUUUCCUGUCCUUUUCUGUCCUUUCCUGUCCUUUCCUGUCCUUUUCUCUCACUGCGGAAGACGAGAUGAGACUCCGCCCAUAAACGCCAGCCAAUCACCAUGAGCGUCUUGACCCUCUCACCUGUGACCCCCCAGCCGCCCUCCCCCAUGUUGACUUCUACCACCCCCACCCUGGACCCCCACACCCCCACAUUGGACCGGGAGGGCGGGUCCUCCUCGUGUGGCGAGUGGACCGCAACAGGCUCCGCCCACAGGCCCAACAAGCCGCCGCCCCUCCACUCGGGCGCCGACUGGAAGGUGGUGCUUCACCUGCCUGACAUCCACACGUGGCUGCGAGCGACCGCCAGCAGAGUCACACACCUGUCACACUCUGUGGGCCAAGAUGGCGACAACAGACACGUGGACGCACACCUGCUGCAGCUCAAGGACAUCUGCGAGGACAUCUCGGACCAUGUGGAGCAGAUCCACGCUCUGCUGGAGACCGAGUUCUCCCUCAAGCUUCUGUCCUACUCUGUCAACAUCAUAGUCGACAUCAGGACGGUCCAGCUGCUGUGGCACCAGCUGAGGGUCUCGGUUCUGGUUCUGAAGGAGAGACUCCUGCAGGGUCUGCAGGACCCUAACGGAAACUUCACCAGGCAGACUGAUAUCCUGCAGGCGUUCAGCCCAGACCAGCAUCAGCCUCGUCGUCUGGACGCCUUGACAGAGGUAGACGACUGCGGUCAGCUGACCAUCCGCUGCAGUCAGGACUACUUGUCUCUGGACUGCGGCAUCACUGCCUUUGAGCUGAGCGACUACAGCCCGGGGGAGGAGCCUGAGGUCAGAGACACGUGCCUGGAGCUAGAUCAGGUCCAGGAUGUGGACCAGAAAGCAGAUUUAGAGAAGGUUGACGAAUCCAAACUAGCAAAACACGACCUGCAAAACUGUUUAGCUGAACUAAACGAGGCCGCAAAGCAGUCUCUGUCCUGUCAGAACCACAACACGGAGCCGUCGAUCCCAAAGACAGUCGAUCUGGUCUCAGACCAGGUUCAGAAGACCAGAGCAGGUGCGAGAAGUGUUAGUCCAGUCACUGAGUGUCAUAGUCGAAGCACCUCAAAUCUUAUUGAUCCUCCAGACCGCUCCAAGUUCUGGUUGGAGCUGGGCUCAGUUUGUCCAGAAGACAGUUCUCAGUGCCCUGAGAACCUGCAGGUCAUGAACGGUCACAGCAUUCAGAGACGUCACAUGAGACCACAGACGGACCACGGGAGUUCUUUUGGAGGAGACAUUGCCCCACCUCCACAAGAAGUUGCAUCUGAGACAUAUGACCACAGCGAGGUUGACUCCGACUCCUCGCCCCCGUCCCCCAUGAGGGAGCAGGUCCUGUCCUCAGACUUGGAGGCAAGUGGGGAGGACUCUGACCAUAGACCUUCUGGCAAGAUGGCGGACUGGAUGGUGAAGGCCAAAGAACAUAAAGGGGGUUUAUCAGAAACCAGUCCAGACCGAGAGCACUGGUUUGGCUCAGAGGAGUUCUUGGCACUUCCAGCUCAGCUCCACAAGAGCGACAUGCUGGUCGUCAAUCUGGAGAGUCUGGCCCACACACUGAGGUCCGCCGACGAGGAAGUUACCCACGAGGCCUUGCAGGAUGUGGACGACUGGGAUCUGACGGAGCUCAGCAUGGACUGGGACUCUCCUGAGAGUGCGGAUGAUGUCCCUUCUCUGUUACUCCGUCCAAACGGUUGCAACCACCUGGGCCGCUAUAGCCCCGCCUCCUCCAGCGACAUCGCGCCUUCGUUGGACGACAGCAUCGAGUCCGGCCCGCUGAGCGAGCUGCAGUCCGAGGGGGAGGACGGCCGAAGGUCUGCCGACCGCCGCCUGCAACCUGGCACGUCCCCCCUGGACAGACUCGGCGGUGCGUCUCUGGUGCGACGGCUGCUGGAGGACGUUCACCGGGACCAAGACUCGGAUGUGUGGAACAAGAUCGAGAAGUUUGUGCAGCAGCUGGACCACUUCAUCUCCUGGCUGCAGGGGGCGCUGCUCAGCACCGACAACUGGACUCAGCCCCGGCAAGACCUGGACCGCCUCACAGUCUACCUGGACACACACCUGACGUUCAAACUAAACGUGGACAGUCAUGGUGCCCUCAAAGACCGCAUCAUGGAGGACGGCACAGCGCUGCUCGCCACCAUUCCUGCCCACCAAUCGGGGCUACGGGAGAUCCUCGACAUGGUCUCCAGCCAAUGGGAGCAGCUCCAGCUCCAGAUCCGCCGCCAACACGGCUGGAUGCUCCACGCCGUCCGCGGCGUCCGGACCCGUCUGCUCCAACCCGACCAAUCAGGAGAGACCCCGGGGGAGCUGACAGCCAAUCGGCAGGCGCCGUUUCCAACAGACCAACUGCAGGCCGAGCUGAUGUCCAGUCGGCGAGACGUCCAGAAGGCAGCACUGGACCAGAUGGCGGCCAAGCUGAGCAGCCCGCACUACACCCCGUCCUCCGACAGGAGGUGCUGCAGCCAGCCAGUCCACAGCAGCAGCGUGCAGGACUUGGAGGCGGAGUUCCAGGAGCUGUGGGAGUGGCUGAUGGACAUGGUCGCCAUGGUGACGGACAGCCAGCAGCUGAUGAUGUCAGAGGAGCAGAGAGAGCACCUCUUCAAGAGCAGCCAGAGUGACCUGCAGGUGAUGGAGAAGAAGAAGAAGUUCCUGCAGGAAGAAGCAGAGUCUCUGAAGAGGAGGAAGACCACUCAGUUGCCCUCCAACUUCCUGCAACACUUCCACACUCUCACACACACCUGGACACAGCUGGAGAACAUUCUCUCCGGUCACUCCGGGUCCGGCCAGCCGCAGAGCCGACGCCCCCCCGCCGAUGAAGUGGGCGGGGCUGCGCGGGCGGCCAUGUUGGAGCAGCUGCAGGCGCGCAUCAAGGAGCUGAAGGCGUGGCUGCGACACACCGAGCUCCUCAUCUUCAACUCCUGCCUCCGCCGGGACACGGCCGCCUCCGCACAGCUGGCCAGCUUCAAGUCUUUGUGUUCGGACGUGCGAUCUCGGCGAAGAGGAGUCUCCUCCGUCCUCAAACUUUGCCAGAAGCUUCUCCAGCAGGACCAGUCGGGCCCGGCGGCGGAGGCGGGCCCCGAGGCGGAGCAGCACCGCCAGGCCCUGCAGCUGCUGUCAAUCAACCUGGAGAGGCGGUGGGAGGCCAUCGUCAUGCAGACCCUGCAGUGGCACACCCGACUCAGGAAGGAGCUGGGCCAGGAGCAGGUCCCAGGCAACCUGCUGGAGCCGGGACUGGUCGAUCUCCACCAGCUAGUCCCAGUCCAAGCCCCCGUGCUGGCACCGGCUCCUGAUGACUCGUGGGAAUGGGAUGAGACAGACAUGACAAUCGCAGAACCCCAAGAAGGGCCAGAACCCGACCUCACGCACAACCUUCCAAUUUCAGACAACCUCCUGACAAGCCAGAACCCUGAGAUGACAUCCCAGAUGGUUCCUCCAGACAACAAGCCCAUCUACCAGGUUUAUAGCCUCCACAAGGUCGAGUUCUACAGGACUCCAGAACGUCCUCGAGCGUCCUCCAAGGAGGGCGAGAGCAAGCAGCAUAUUUUCCAGAAGAGUUUGAGCAAGGACUCCACGUUCUCCUCCAUGGAGUCUCUGCCGGACCUCCUGGGUGGGCUGAUGCUCAGCGAUCGAAGGGGAAAGAGGCUCGUGGAGUCCCAGGGGGAGGGAGGCAGGGCAAGCGGCCACUCGUCCUGCAGUCGUCCAUCAGAGAGUGAAAGUGGGAUUGUCAGCGAUGGAGGAGACACUGAGACCGUUACCACCAACUAUAGAAUCCUGGGAUAUGAGGAGGAGGAAGUGGAUGAGGAGGAAGAUGAAGAGGAGGAUGUUACUGUUCUGCUAAACAUAGACGACCAAAAAGACAGCAGAAGCCAGAGAACCACAGAAGAAGAAAGGAAAGUCAGCCAUAGGACAGGAGGAAGUGAAGCAGUUGAGAUCCUGAUUGACAAAGAAUCAACUGACCCCGUCAAGCCCCUCCUGAGUCACAGCAGUUGGUAUACGCCUCCUGCCAACCACCACCUGACAUCCAGUCCUGUUUUAUCUCAGGGCUCUUCCCUGGAGUCCCUUCUGGCUCUGGGCUUGGAUCUGUUCCCCUCCAAAGAACAUCUUCAGCGCAGCGCCUCUCUGGAGAGCGGUCUGGCUACGUGUCACAGUCUGGAAGGUGACACCUGCGCCAGUCUCGCCAGCCUAGUGGAGCUGGACCUGGGUCAGAUGAGGGAGUCCGGCCGUGAUGACGACUAUGGCAGCACGGAAGACCAGAGGUUUUGUGAAGGAGCUCAAGGAGAGCUGAGCAGAAGAACACUUGACCUCCUGAAGCGUCUGGAGAACAUCCAAAGUCCUCUAGUUGCCAACAUGACUCGUAGCGUGUCUGAUAUGACACUUCGAAGUAGCUCUCCACUUCGUCGUCGACUUGUAGCUUCUUCCCUUGGAGGCCGACGUGCGGCACUGUCACGAAGUUUACGCCAUGCUCCAACGCCCCUCAUCAACGAGAACUCAGCGUCGCUAACAGAGCUGAGCAGCGCUGAAGACUCCUCCCUGGCUUCUGAAGACCUUACCGUGCUCCCUAGCAAGAGGAACCUCUCCCUUGAUCAGGCCUUGGUGGCGGGUAACAAGCACGGCUCCUUUAGAAGGUGCUGCAAGAGGAGCAGCCAGAGAGAGGAGGCGGACGCGCUCAGCUUGAGCAUGGUGGUCAAUGUGUCUUGCACCUCCACGUGCACUGACGAUGAGGACGACAGCGACCUCUUGUCCUCCUCCACCCUCACCUUGACGGAGGAAGAACUGGGUGUGCAGGAUGGCGAGGAGGUGGAGAUGGAGCGCUUGACCCCUGGCUCAUCUGGAAACGAGGAGGACGAGGAUGAGGACGCGAUGGAUGACUCCUACUUGGAGUACAUGAAGAAGGAGCUGAAGGGUUGGACCCGACCUGCUCGCAUCUCUUCUUUGUCCUCCUCGAAGACUGAGGAGGGCCUUUCGGAUGAACUCCAGUGUGGGAGUAACCCAUUCCUCUCCGCCGUGGAGCGCCACCACCUAAACUCUAGCAACCAAAAGGGAGGAGAUGAUCAGGAGGCUCAGGAGAACCUCGGGAACACUCCAAGGAGCUUCAUCAGCCACUUUGUGGAUGAUCUGGAAAACGGGAAUGUAGAGCAGAGCUGUUUAGGCGGGAAAGACCAAGAUGACCAGCUACUCCGAGAGGAGUCCAGCGUGUUCACAAAGAGAGGAGAACCCCACAGGGAGUCCUGCUCCUUCUCGAAAGCCCAAGAAGAUGUUGGUGUCUUCAUCCCCACGGAUUGCACAAACCCACUCCCUUCUUCUCCGUCUUGCGAGCUCCUCCCACUCACACCGGCCUCUUCAUUGGUAGGACAGCUGAGUGGGGAGUUACCCUGCCAGAGCUCCACCCCCUCACCCCUGACGCCAUCGCGUGAGAAAGCUGGCGCUCGGAAGGCCAUCACCAUCCAGGAGAAGUUCAAGUUCUCCUCUCUGGUUAUGGAAAAGAGCAGGAGAGAAGUUCGCGACAAACAUUCCUGCCUCCCUCCCAGGAAAUGGAAAAGUUCUCAUUCCUCUUGUUGCCACCACCUGGCCUUGGACUCACCUUCCUCACUUUCCUCACCCUCCACACCCUCCUCAGCCUCCUCACCUUCCUCACCCCAGCCAGGUGGGAGGGAGGCCGUUCACGACUUUGUCAUGGAGAUCCUGGACAUGGCCAGGAGGGGCCAAGACCCCGAGUGCGGUCCUCCUUCCUUAGCACACCUCCGAGACAAGGUGGAGCAGCACUCCCACCAGCCUCUCCAUCUACGUACCGGAGACUUCUACUCCUACUUGUCCAUCUCCUCGCACGACAGCGACUGCGGCGAGAUCACCCAGCGCUCCGAGGAGAAGAGCGUCGCGCCGGCGCCUUACGUCAUCCCCGCCUGCCGAGACGCCGACCCCGGGCUCCCGACUCCGUCCCCGGGUCUCCCCGACAACCGGCUUGACCUGAAGUCAUUCGACGGUCCCGCACCGAGCCCCGGCCCUUCUGCCCCGCCCAGCCCAGACAUCCGGGACGAAGAGACCCUCUUUCCAGCCUGCACGGAGGAGGUCUACCUGGGUCCGCCACUCUGCUACAGCAUGCCUCCCACCAGGAAAACACCGAAGGGGUUCUGCCCGGAGUCAGGCUCCGGUCCGGAGGGUGUAGUCCCUUCCGUCCCCGAGCCGCUUUACACCUCAUUCUCCGUCGGCGCCUCCUCUCUGGAGAGGCCCGCUGAGGUUUCCCGGUCUGGUUCUGGUGAGGACCCGCACCUCCUCUGUGAUGUCGCCGGCGGUGCGGGUGAGCGGCGGCGGGGGGAGACGAGCCCUAAUGAGGCUCCUCCUUAUCUCCAUCCCCUGAUAGACUCGCCCUCGGCAGCACGCACUAAAGCGCUUGAAUCCAAUAUUGGCGCCGUAAUGACCAAGAUAAGUGUCGGCGGCGCAGCUACAAAUCCCUCAAAAGAGCCGGCCGCUGCCGCCGCCGCCGCGCGUAUUAAUCCCAAAAUGAACUGCCGGCCGAUGAAAGAGGCUGAUAGAGCGGCGGGGGGGAGGCCAGACGAGGCGCACGCUCGCGGCGCCAAGCAGCCGGAGGCGACGGCGAGAGGACGGCGAGGCUCCCGACAGGAAGCCAAGAUGACGACCACGACAGCGGCCAAGCAGCCCAGCGCUGUCACUCCAAUUACCAGGGGGCGGAGCCAAAUACCCAUUAGACCGCCCACCUCCAGGAUGGGGCCAAUCAGAACUGGACCUGCAGGAGGCGGAACCAUCCCAGUCCAGCAGUGACACACACACACACACACACACACACACACACACACACACACACACACACACACACACACACACAACCAUUAAUGAAGAAGUACGUCAGUGAAAGAGAAGAUUGAAGAACAGAGAAAGUGUGCGGACUGGAAUGUAACCACGUGACCAUGUGACCACGUGACCAUGUGACCACGUGACCAUGUGACCAUGUAACCACGUGACCAUGUGACCACGUGACCACGUGACCAUGUGACCAUGUAACCACGUGACCAUGUGACCACGUGACCACGUGACCAUGUGACCAUGUGACCAUGUAACCACGUGACCAUGUGACCACGUGACCAUGUGACCACGUGACCAUGUGACCACGUGACCAUGUGACCAUGUGACCACGUGACCAUGUGACCACGUGACCAUGUGACCAGGUGAGGUGGAUGAGGCGAGAGAAAGAGUAAGUUAGACGAUAAGAGGAGACAAAAAAAUAAAUGGCGUUCUAUCUAUGCAACGUGACCAAAUGUUGCGUUUUGUUUGUUUGUUUGUGGUGAAAGUGAUGUUGGGACAACAAGUGUGCCUUGUGUACUUCGUGGGAGCCGGAAUGUUCCGUGUGUGUGUGUGUGUGUUUGCCGCCUAGCGUUAGCGUGCCGAGGUGGCCUGCAUGAUGCCUGCUGAUCCACACUUCUCUCAUCUUUGCUAACGCUAGUGUUCCCCCUUCACUCGCCAUGCUAAGCUAGGCUAACGCUCAAUAAAAAGAUGAAAUCCUCA